AUGGAGAGCGCGCCCGGGAGCGCCCCGCCGUCCUCCGCCGCGGCGUUGCGGCUGGCGCUGGCGGCUCCGGGGCUGCCCGACGGCCCCUUCGGCUGCCCCAUCUGCCUCGACCUCCUGAAGGACCCGGUGACGGUGCCGUGCGGGCACAACUUCUGCCAGGGCUGCCUCGGGGCGCUCCGCCAGCGGCAGGGCCCCCCCGACGGCAGCGGCGGGGCGGGCGGGGCUGUCCGCUGCCCGCUCUGCCAGGAGCCCGUCCCCGCAGCCCUGCGGCUCCGCAAGAACCGCGCCCUCUGCGAGGUGCUGCCGCUGCUGGCGGCCGCCGCCGCUUCGUCCCCCCCGUCCCCAGCCGCCGAGUCCCCGAUGGCACCGGGAGCCGAGGAGGAGGAUGCGGCGGGGGAGGAAGGAGCGGCCGUGCUGUGCGACGUGUGCCCGGCGGGGUCGCGGGUGGCGGCGGCGCGAUCGUGCCUGGUCUGCCUGGCCUCCUUCUGCGGGGCCCACCUGGAGCCCCACCGCCGCGCCGCCGCCUUCCGCGCCCACCGCCUGGUAGCCCCGCUGCGGCGGCUGGAGGAGGGGCUCUGCCCCCGCCACCUCCAGCCCCUCGACGGCUUCUGCCGCGCCGAGCAAACCUGCGUCUGCGCCCGCUGCCGCGCCCACGAGCAUCGCGCCCACGACGUGGUGCCCCUCGAGCGGGAGCGCGAGCACAAGGAGGCUCAACAAGCCAAAUUCCUCAGCGAUGUGGAGAACGAACUGGAGGAGCUGGCAGUCACCAUCGCGCAGGCCAAGAAGAUGGUGGAGCUCAUUAAGGGUGCUGCCACGAAGGAGAGGGAAAGAGUCGAGAAGCUCUUUGCAGAAGCGUCUGAGGUCCUGGCGACCUUCCAGAAGGAGGUGGCUGGUUUCAUUGAGGACGGGGAGCGCUCCAUGCUGGGGGAAGCUGAGGCCGAUCUCCGCUGGAAGGAGGAAAGGCGAGCAAAGCUGGCCCAGUGCAAGCAAAACCUGGAGAACGUCCCCAGCACUGACACCAUCUACUUCCUCCAGGAAUUUCAGGCCUUAAAAGUAGCCAUGGAAGAAAACCUCUCCCCGUCUCCGAGCUUCCAGAACGAGCUGAACUUCACCAAAUGCACUCAAGCUGUGGGUGCCGUGAAGGAUGUGCUGUCCGCUGCCUGCAAAAACCAGUGGGACCACUUGCAGGGGAAAGGAAUUGAUGGGCUGCGUUUCCAGGAGAUGGAGGAAGCAUUGGCCGAGUCCCGAUUUCCAGACAAGUCAAACAAUCCUGCCUGCCUGGAGAGCCGUGAUUACUUCCUGAAAUUUGCCUUCAUCAUUGACCUGGACAGUGACACGGCCGACAAGUUCAUCCAGCUGUUUGGCACCAAAGGGGCCAAGCGGGUGCUGUGCCCCAUCCCCUACCCGGAAAGCCCAACCCGGUUCAUCAACUGCGAGCAGGUGCUGGGUGUGAACCUCAUGAACCGGGGCAACUACUACUGGGAGGUGGAGCUCAUCGACGGCUGGGUCAGCAUUGGCGUCAUCGCUGAGGACUUCGACCCCCGGGAGUCCUACAACCGUGGGCGCCUGGGGCGGAACGAGAAGUCCUGCUGCCUGCAGUGGAACGGACAGAACUACGUGGCGUGGUUUGGUGGCUUUGAGUCUGUCAUCCAGCAGCCAUUUUUCCACACCAUUGGGGUCUUCCUGGAAUAUUCAGAGAAGGCCCUGACCUUCUACGGAGUCAAGGACUCCAAGAUGACCUGCCUGCAGCAGCUCAAGGUCUCCCAUUUUGCCAAGGGUCAGUUUGACCCAUUCCAGAACAAGAUCAACCACCAAUUUGCCUCUCUUUUCUUGUGCAAGCUGAAACCAGCCUUCUUCUUGGAGAGUGUCGAUGCCCACCUGCAGAUCGGGCCGCUGAAGAAAGAUUGCGUUUCGGUGCUAAAGCGUAGGUAACUGCCUGGAGAGCGGGAGCACGGGAAGACCCAGAAGAGUGUCUCCUGCAGUAUAUUGCCACUGUCACGGCUUCUCUUUGGUAGUGUUGUAUUUCUCUGUGGCAGCCCUCCCUCCUCGCUCUGUGCUAUUGGUGACCCAGGGGUGGAUGAAGCCGUCUGGCGGGCAGAGCCGCGGGCUCGGAGCCAGGAGGGAGCUGGAUCCGAGUGCCGGCUCUGCCGCUGGGCUGCUGAGCGAACUUGGGCAAGUCUCUGUGCUGCUCCCUGCCCCUCAGUUUCCCUUUCUGGACAUCAGGGACUGCAAUACAGCCUUUCUUGGUAAAGCGCAUUGCUCAGGAAAAGUGCCAUGUAGAUUUGAAGCUGUAUCUUGGCCAGCUGCCAGGCUGCCCAGUCCCUCUUCUUAAUAUCUGCUCGCACCGCCCUGGUGACUUGGAUAGAUGCGCCGUUUUGUGCCUUAGCUCAGUCUCUGUGUCGCUGCUGCUGCUUUUUUAAAGCGCUGGCUCAUCAACACCUUGCGCUUGCUCCUUAUGAAGUGCCUUUGAAGUAGCAAGUCCGGCAUGGACCAGGCGAACCCCCAAAGCAGAUGCGGUCACUUCCCCAGUGCCCACAUCACCGUUGUGCCUUGGGAUGGGUGAG